GUGACUACAAGACCCAGAAGGCAGCGCGGCCUCAGCAGCGGGCGCUUCAGUUCCCAGAGCGACCCCUCUGGCUCAAGUUGGACAUCUGGCGACCGCGGGGUCCUAAGGUGGCCACCGCUUUCCGCACGUUCUUUCAGCGUCCUCCUUCUCACCCUGAGACGGCCGCCAUGAAGGAUUCGCUGGUGCUGCGGAGCCGUGUCCCGGCGCACCCGGACUCCCGCUGCUGGUUCCUGGCCUGGAACCCCACGGGGACCCUGCUGGCCUCGUGCGGCGGCGACCGUAAAAUCCGCAUCUGGGGCACCGAGGGUGACAGCUGGAUUUGCAAGUCUGUCCUUUCUGAAGGCCAUCAGCGCACUGUUCGGAAAGUGGCCUGGUCCCCCUGUGGAAAUUACCUGGCCUCUGCCAGCUUUGAUGCUACCACUUGCAUUUGGAAGAAGAACCAGGAUGACUUUGAGUGUGUAACCACUCUGGAGGGUCAUGAAAAUGAGGUCAAGUCAGUGGCUUGGGCCCCGUCUGGCAACCUCCUGGCUACCUGCAGCAGAGAUAAGAGUGUGUGGGUCUGGGAAGUUGAUGAAGAAGAUGAGUAUGAAUGUGUCAGUGUCCUCAACUCUCAUACACAGGACGUUAAGCAUGUGGUUUGGCACCCAAGCCAGGAGCUUUUAGCUUCUGCCAGCUAUGAUGACACAGUGAAGCUGUACCAAGAGGAAGGGGAUGACUGGGUCUGCUGUGCCACCCUUGAAGGUCAUGAAUCCACUGUGUGGAGCUUGGCCUUUGACCCCAGCGGCCAGCGUCUGGCAUCUUGCAGUGAUGACCGUACUGUGCGCAUCUGGCGCCAGUACCUACCAGGCAAUGAACAAGGGGUGGCUUGCAGUGGCUCUGACCCCAGCUGGAAAUGCAUCUGCACUUUGUCAGGCUUCCACACCAGGACCAUUUACGACGUUGCUUGGUGUCAGCUGACAGGGGCCCUAGCUACAGCCUGUGGGGAUGAUGCCAUCCGAGUAUUUGAGGAGGAUCCAGGCUCAGAUCCACAGCAGCCUACCUUCUCUCUGACAGCUCAUGUGCAUCAGGCCCAUUCCCAGGACGUCAACUGUGUGGCUUGGAAUCCCAAGGAGCCAGGGCUCCUGGCCUCUUGUAGUGAUGAUGGGGAGGUGGCCUUCUGGGAGUAUCACCAGACUGCAGGCCUCUGAGCUAUAGCUUUACUUGACCAAGACUUUCUUAGUCACUGAGUGGUCAUUUAGCUUUAUGCCCUUCUGUUUGGUUGUGUAGAAGCCACAAGACCAUUCACUGUUUCUCUUCCUUGAUGGGAGAGAGCCAUGGGACAGAGCCAUGGAACAGAAGUAUGUGGUAUUACACAUUUUGCUUGAUUUAGAGCAUGGUGUUACAUAUUUUGAGGGUAAAUAUAGUAUUUAUAAUCACUAUGUAUGUAUAUAGGAGAAUGUGUUUGAGAGCUUUCUGAAAUUGCGAGCUUUAUAGAAAUAAUCUAUCUGUGCCCUACUUCCUGUUUUAUAAAUAAGGUCAUUUAUCAUUUAUAAUUCCCUGUUGGAAAUGAGUCCCUUCUUCCCAAUUCCUAGAGAAUUUUAAGACCUGCAAGCCAGUUGUGGUGUCUUCCUAGCACCUAGCACUCAAUAAGCAAAGAUAGGAUGAUCAGAAGCUCAAGGUUAUCCUUGAAGCUAACUGAGGAUAUACAAGACCCUUUUUCAAAAAGCAAAGACACUCAAAGUUUGUUCAGAGUGAAAGAACACCUCUGCUUUUCCUUAGAAACUUUCGUGUGCCUCUUGAAACAUGCUGUGGUAGCAACUGAACCUCCCACCCCAAAUAGAGAAUUGGUUUUCAGUGAGGGGUAGAAAAUAUUAAGACAAUAGCUUGUGGCCCUCUUAAAAAAAAAAACAAAAAAACAAAACAAAAACAGCAACAGGUUGGGUGUGGAAGCACAUACCUAUAAUCCACCACUCAGGAGGCAACCUGAUCUACAAAAUGAGUUCCAUGAUAACCAGGGAGCCAGAGGCCCUGUCUCAAAAAAAAAAAACAGAACAAAUGAAAAAAACAAGUAAAAGACAAUAGUGUGUGUGUGUGUAUGUGUGUGUGCGCGCGUGUGCCCACAUGCACACACUCUCCCAAUCUGGUGCUUUUCAGGGCAAAGAGUAAUCAGAUGUCUAAUAAGCCUUCUAAAGAGUGGUGAGGAUGGUUUCCAAAGCUGGAGCCUUCACUUAAUUUUUUUGAUACUGUACAAUCGUGACCUUAGAUUUCUUGGAAGACAGCAGAAGCAGUAUCAGAGGCAGCGGUGGCUAAUGAUCUGCAGAUCCCUGGGAGUCUUAGGACCCUUGCAAGGUCAAUACCAUAACAUGAUCAAGGAGUGGCACCAGUUAAAUAGCCAUCAGCCUUCACUAUCUUGUUCCCACAGUAGGAAUGGAGCCAGCUUCACUUAGACAAGAAAGAUGACUAAUUAUUAUUAAACAUUGACCCUUGAGAACGUCUCAUACUGACAAAAGAGAAAAUUCUAUGCAGCCUCUCUGCUAUGAAGUAAGGUGACCCUAAGGAAAAGCAGUUGGACCUUUGUUGCAAGCCAUUCAUGGAAUGCCAUUUCUAUCAGAAAAUUAAGCAUUAAGGCUUGACUACUUAACUGUGUUUCUGAAAAAUGAACACAUUGAACCUUUCACUUAAUAGUGUUCACUACUAAUGGCAAAUGUUUAAAAGACAGAAUUUCUGAAAACUUUUAACAAACUUUAGUGGUAACUAAAUUAGCAAAUGAAUAGUGAACUGUGUGGGUAUCUUGAGAUCUGUGGAAUUUCAUGGGUCAUUCUCCAAAUGUGCGAUGUGAUGAUGUUACAUAUCAAAGGAGAGCCACAAUUAUUUGAAAACUCUUCUCUUUUCUCUGAAGUUGACAUGUUUCAGCUCCACCACACAAUGGAUGAGCAAAGAAGUGGCUGGCUUGUGUUAAAUGGAUGUAAAGUAAGUGAUUGCAACACUGUACCAUGUUACCCUUCUUCUAGAACUUAUUUUUUCCUAAAAUAUGUUAAUGAAGUUAUUUUGAAAUGUGAACUGCCUUAAUUUUUAAUAUAACAAGUGUCAAUGACUAUAACUUAGAUAAUAAAACAUUUCAAGGCUU